CUGGGACUUCUGCUACAGCUCCAGAGAUGCCAGGCCUCCAAUGUCCAAGCAGAAAAGGCAACCAUCAGCCUUGCCGUCAAGCAGCAUUUCCUGCCUUCAAAAUGGUUUGGAUUGGAGAAAUUGGGAAGAAACUGAUGCUACCGCCAAGGAACCUAGGAGUAUUUUUGAAUAUGAACCGGGGAAAUCAUCCAUCCUUGAGCACCCUGAGUCACCUAAGAAACCCCCCACAGCGUUGCCAGCACAGCUUCGCAUGUCAUCCCCACCGAUCGAGGAGUUACUGGAGAAGGAGCUACAGCAGCUCAGCGAACAGCUGGACAAAGACAUAAGAGCCAUAGAGAUUCGCCAGCUUGCCCUCAAGGGCUCCUCUGCCAAGCCCUCCUCUGCCAGCGCUCCUUCGCCAGCCUCUGCUGCCCGCCGCAGCCCACUGCCUGACCACAGUGCCUACCUUUCUGCAAGACAAAACCUUCCUGCAGCCCAUUGCCACAUGUCUGCCAGCCCAAGGAUGGAGAAAGGGAGCCCCGGCAUUGCCAGGAAUAACUGGAACAGCUCUCCACCAAAGAAUGAUCCUUUGAGGCACGUGGGGAGAAUUUCCUUUCCUGAGGCUUUGGACACAGUCCUAGAUAGUCCCACAAAGAAAGAAGAGAAGAAGAUGAAAGCCGCUCGCCUCAAAUUUGACUUCCAAGCUGAGUCAUCAAAGGAACUGACUCUGCAGAAGGGUGACAUCGUCUACAUUCACAAGGAAGUCGACAGAAACUGGCUAGAAGGAGAACACCAUGGCAGGGUGGGCAUUUUCCCCGCCAACUACGUGGAGGUUCUUCCUCCAACAGAAAUCCCCAAACCCAUUAAAUCCCCCAUCAUCCAAGUCUUGGAAUACGGAGAGGCUGUGGCUCAGUACAACUUCAAAGGAGACCUGCAUGUGGAGCUGACGUUUCGCAAGGGGGAGCGCAUCUGCCUGAUUCGCAGAGUGGACGAGAACUGGUAUGAAGGCCGCAUUUCCGGCACCAGCCGGCAAGGCAUUUUCCCAGCCAACUAUGUGCAGGUGUUGAAGGAGCCACGUGUGAAGAACUCAGAGGAGUUUCCGCCCUCCCCAAGCCUCCGGGCGACAUGUUCCAGUUCACCAUCCCAGCUGCAUUCACCCAGCCUGGGCAGCAGGUGGCAGUCUGACGCUUCGCCUUCAACCCUGCGAGGUCCCCUGACCACAGAUGUGCUCUCAUCCUCCUCUAGCCACUCUGGAUUCACUUUCCCUGUGUCCCCCAAGCUGGAACACUCUCAGGCGGUGCCCCACAGACCCCAGAGAUCUCCCCAACCUGCCUUAUUUUCUCCCCAGAGCCACAGCCCAGCCACAGCAUCUACCAUCCCACAGCCUGUCUUGUCCUUCCAAAGGCAGGAGACACCACGACCUGUUGCCUCUGCCUUGGCUUCACAACACGGAGUGCUCUUUCCACUGCAGAGCUCAGCCCUUGAAGCAGCUGCUCCUCGAGCUUCCCAACCAGGCAGCACCAAGCCCCCCUCCGAAGCAGCUCCAGCCGACAUACAGUGGACUCCAUUCAAGGCUUUGUACCAAUACAGGCCCCAAAACAAGGAUGAGCUGGAGCUCCAGGAAGGCGACCGGGUGGAUGUCAUGCAACAGUGUGACGACGGCUGGUUUGUGGGUGUAUCCAGAAGAACACAAAAAUUUGGCACUUUCCCGGGGAAUUAUGUUGCUCCCGUGUGACGGUCCCUCAGUCCACCCUGUAUCCCAGGCGUGCCAAGAGGAAACUGAACCUCCCGAUCUUGUGCCCAUUUUCCUUGAAGAGGUGGCCCACAAUUUACAAGCACAGGAGGGGGAGAAGAUGGUGCGUGAGAACCAGCCUGGAUCCCAGUAUCCGCUUAUCAAGGCCUUGCAAUUUGUCAUUCAGAUCUGAGGCUUUGACCCCACUGUUCCAUUUACCUUGUCGUCUUCCAGUUUUGUGCCUAUGGUACCUUGAAUGUGGGGUGGUUGCAGCUUUAUUCCUUUCCCCCCCUGAAUUCAGGAAACAUAACUCUUUCCAGUCUUGCCUUUCAAAAGCAAAGAGGUGGGGUCUGAGCAGGCACUGCAGAGAUCUCCUGGACUGUUGCUCCCUCGAUGGAAAUCCUUCUUCUACGAACAGAGCUGGAGUCUCAUCCUUUCUAUCGGCUUUCCUGGCAGUAGCUGAAGGGUGAAAACAGGCUGUGCUGUUGUGAUUGAACCACAUCAAGUCUCUCAGCUAAGCAAGAUCCAGUUCCUGGAGCAUGUAAAACACUGCACAUAACACUGUCUGGAGACUCCACAGGCAACAAACAUUCUAGCUGCAACUGAUCAACAGACCGGCCUCACCUAAACCACCUCCUUCUGCCUCCUGGGCAGUGUUGGACUGGGACAUUGUGAGCCUGUACCACUAACUGUUUGGGCACUUUAUUCAGAGUGACACUGCAUGGCCACCAGUAUUAACAUUUCUGGACUUUUAAUUCGUCUUCACUCAAAGGCUUAUCUUGCUGAACUUUAAUCUAACCCUCCCCCCACCCCUAUACAUUUUAAUGACUGAUUUGGGACUUUGAUCUCAAUGACUUGCUGUCAUUCCCCCGUUCAUUCCAGAUCCUCUGUGUAAAUGCACUUUUUGUAUGUUGCUGAUUUUUAAUUCAAGCAAAAUAUGAUUUGCAGCAUAAGAAAGAGUUUCGAACACUUAGGGAUAGUGUGAAGUUUGGGGCCGAGUUUACAUGCUCUGUCUACUAUAAGUGCUGGAUCGUAGGGGAUGCGCACCCUUUCCUUGUCCGGCCUGUUCUGAUCACCGGGCUUUUGAAGGGAGCCUGAUCUUUGCCAAGGGGUACUCCUGUCUGAGGGCUGUGCUCGUAGCCCUAAGCAAGGAGAGAUCCCCACUACUGCUUUUGUGUAUGCCCCAAACUGCCUUUUCAUUUGUCUCUUAUUCCUUUUCCUAGAGGCUGAAGCCCAGUGGGGUGGGGAGCAGGGAUGUGGGCUCAGCAAGGCUUGGCUGUCUAUCUCCAAGCCCUUCAUCUUCCCAUUCCUGAGGUCUCCUUUCACCCUGAAGUCAGGGGUCGAGACCAGACAGAGCUUUCCAGUGACAGACUAUCCUCUAACCACAACAGGCCUUGUUCUCAAAUGAUAGGGGCUUGCAGCUGCGAGGGGGGAAAGGGUGUAGAGAAAGGAAGAUUGUGCUGGGCCAGGAACACUGAGAUAUCUGUGCCUGCUGUGACUUCUUGCAUCGCAUUAACAAAGCCCUCUUCCAUGCUGUAGCAAGUCAGCUGCACAUUGACAUAGUUCCAGCUACUGGAAAGGGAAUGUGCAGGUUGAGACUAGCCCUAGUGGAGCGGAUUUGCUCUUCUGUGUAAACAACAGGAGCUGCUCUUUUUUCCCUCCCUUUUUCUUUCUGGAGAUGGUUUAGUUACUGGCUCCUGGCAGGUCCAGACUCAACUGCCUACCUCAGUGUUUUCAGACUUUUGCCAUUUGGGCAACUCUUUCCUGCCAGCGUAUCCCUUGCAUGUCUGCUGCAGAAUCCUGUGACUUGUAAAGGAUUCUGAUGUAUGCUUGAUGGUGCACUUAGAGUUCUGACUUCAUAGGCCAAACGUUUGCACUAAACAAACUGAAAGUGAACUAUA